CAAGUUUCCUGGCCCAUCAGGCUCACCUUAAAAAAGCUUCGAGUAAUGGCUGAUAAUAUGUUGAACGAGACUGCGAUCAUAGAGGAGGAGUUCGCAGUGCUUCGACUGAGCUAUGUCUACUCAUACUGCGCCGUUGCGAUAGCUGCUCUCAUCUUCUUCGAUUACGCCGCGACUGUACCCCAAGAAGCGAUCCUCGUGUGGUUCAAGCCAGUCCACAAAUUCUCCUUCCCCUCGAUUUUGUUUCUUCUCAAUCGUUAUCUGCUUCUGUUCAUGGGUGUCUCGUUAAUCCUAGUAACGUUCUGGUGGAAUACCUCUCCGGUAAGUGGAGAAACCCCAAGUAUGUGUCUCCUUGGCCACCUUCGCCGCGUUCAACAGCUUAUACCCCCAGUCUCAUCCGCUUUGCGUGUCUAUGCGUUCAACGAGAGGAGAUGGAUACCUGCGCUCUUGACAGCUCUGCUUGGGGUUGUUCCAGCAUGCAUGGACAUUUAUACCGAGAUGGCCGCGGUGCAUUACUCCGUCCUUUAUGUGGGCAAGUAUCCCGAGUGUUACAGCAACGAGUCUAUCUCCCUUGCUCUAGAACAAAGACUUAUCUCAGCGGGUCGAAUCUGUUCGGUCGCAUCUGAGCUUAUUGUUCUAGUCAGCACUUGGUAUAAGACGUUCUUCUGCUUCGGAGGAGGACUUCGGACCAGAAUUGAAAUCGGGCCAUUGGCAAAGCUGUUACUUCGAGAUGCACUGACCACAAUACCGUGCAGAUCGCUCUUCGUCUUGAAUAUUUUAGAGGUUGUUAUCUCCGCCCGUUUCGAAAAUACGGAGAUAUACGCAAGCGACAUAUCACUCUUCAUCAUUCCAAUCGAGUCUAUCAUCAUGUCUCACCUCCUUCUGAGCAUUCGUCAGACCUUUGAAGAUAGCUCUGCUGGAUUGCCUUUAUUUGCAAAUAUCCUCGGAUCGAGCGACAUUGAAGGUGGCAGUAUCAAAUUUGCGUCUCGCUUGGUCGGAAAUAUGGGUGAGGAUCUCGACUUCGACUCUUUCGAUAGGUUUGUGGACGAAGACGGAAUCAAUGAAAUGGACAGUCCAGUGAAUGGAGAAGCUGAUGAGGAUGCUGUGGAUACAUCGAGAGGCUCAGGCAGUACAUUGUCCAGUGAUCAUGAAUUUGUAGAGGAAUCCGUAGUACCAUGAAUGUCGAAGCCAAAGUUGUACUUCAGCCGAAGGAGGAGCUUUUUUCUAUCCUCCUCUUCUUCGGCUAAGUCUGGCUCAUAUUAUUUUGAUUAGAGUUGCAUGACGAACACCAGAUCAUUGUCAGAUUCUGCCAUUAAUUUUUCCUCCGAGUAAACGAGCUUCUUGUAGCCGACGGUGCGCUGGGGGGUUGGUGAUUUCGG